AUGUUUUUCCCUCAUUUAUCGCCUCAAUUAUUUCCCUUAUACUCCAAAAAAGUUCUUCGUGCCUUGAGCAAAUGGGACAAUGCUAGAACUUUGUGCCUCAGAGAUAUAUCUUUAACAACUCAAAGCGUAGAGAAUGAAUUCCAAAUAUUUUCCAAAACAACGUCAGGAAUGGCUCUACCAACACCUAAUGUCUUUGAGACAAAUGUUUUCUCGGUAUUAGAAGAGGCGAAGAUGAUGCAGUUCACUCACGACUGUAUCCACAUCUAUGAAAAUGAGCUUAGGCCAUCGGUAGAAGAACAAAAGACAAAGAAAGAACUUGUGAAAGAUAUUUCUAAAAUUAUCUCAAAAAUCUUUCCUGAAACACUGUUGGAACCAAAAAUAUUCACCUUCGGAUCAUAUGCCAGUGAUUUGAGUUUGACAGGGUCAAGCGAUAUUGACAUUUGUAUUGCUUUUAAAGGGUUUGAAAACAUUCAUGAUAAUAAUAUCCAUUCAAGAAUUCUCGAAAUGAUUAGAAAAGAGAUGAACCCUAAGAUCAUCCCUGUUGAAUACAGUCACUUGGAGCCGCAAAGUAAAUCUGUUGGGAGGACCAGAUUUCCAAUAUUGACGGUUCAUGACAGCAAGAGAAAUUUGGAUUGUGAUUUAUGUGUUGCCAAUUAUUUAGGUAUUGUGAAUACUAGAAUGAUUUCCACUUACUUAAUGGUAGACCAGACAAUGCUAAAGUACUAUAACGCUUGUAUUGAUAUUCACAUCAAGAACCGAGUGAAAAUGUUGAUUUACAUUGUCAAGAGUUGGGCAAAGAGGAGACGUAUUAGCAGUGCUUCUGAAGGAUCGUUGGCGUCAUAUAGCUAUGUUUUAAUGACGUUACAUUUCUUACAAGCCAUUGAAGUGUUGCCAUCUCUUCAGCAACUUGCAAUGAGCGAAACCUUGUCAACGAAUAUUUGUGUGGAAGAUAUCUCCAGACCUCACCACGUGCAGACAUAUGACACAAAAUAUUUCAACAAUCUUGAAAAACUUCCUUUUGUUUGGAAAUCAUCAGAUAUAGAGAAAGUUUCAAAGUUCACUGUGGGGCAUUUAGUUUUCAUGUUUUUUGAGUACUAUGCCAAACAUUUUAAUUUUGAUGACCAUGUCAUUUCUAUAAGAAGAGGAAAUGGAUCCGUUCUAAGGAAGAACGUUUUACGAAACUCACAAACGAUUAUAUCGAUCGAGGAUCCAUUUGAACACCGUGACUUGGGGUGUGUUGUUUCAAAUGAGAUGGGGCCGUUAAUAGUAUCUGAGUUUAAACGAGCAUUUGAAAUUCUCUCAAAUGGAGGCUCAAUUCAGGAGGUUUUAUUGGAAAGAGUUGGCGUCCAUUCCAGGAAUAUUUACGACGAGAAGAAGGAUUUUUCAGGCUACGAGGAUCAUUUGCCUCUUGAAUUGGUUGCAAAGAUGAUUCAAAAAGGAGAACUAUUUCAAGGCGAGCUAAGAGUGAACAAGAAGAAAUAUAGAGAAGCAUAUGUUACAGUUGUAGGAGGCCCUUUUAAGAAAGAUAUUUUCAUAGAUGAACUCAAAAAUAGAAAUAGAGCCAUGCACGGUGACGUUGUGGCCAUCCGUGUCGAAGAAAAAAAGUCUGUGGCAGGAUCGGUGAUGAAAAUGAUGAAAACACAAGAUGCUUCUCAUGAAGAUAGAGAACAGCUUGACUAUGGUACCUCAACAAAUGUACCUUCAGAGGAAAAGAAGACAUACCAAGGCAUUGUAGUGGCCAUCUUGAAAAAGAAAUCUCCAUCAAUUUUUCCUUGUAUUUUAAUGGACAAUACUGAAAAUAAGGAUAUAAGAUGGCUAAUACCACUCGAUAGAUGUUACCCCAAGUUAAGGAUUUCUGUUUCUGAGUUCAACAACAAGUUUAACUCCAAAUUGUUUUUAUUGGAAGAGGGAAUAUUUUUGGUCAAAAUGACACCUUGGAACAAGAACAUUAAAUUCCCUAGAGGUACUCUACUGGGAUGUUUAGGAUUUAGAAAGGAUUUAUGGAGCUUGAAAAGGGCCUUAUUGCUCCAAUUCUUUCCGAAUAUGUACGAUCAUUUAUUUUCAAAGAAAGAAAUUCUUGCAGAAAAAGAGACUGGUAAAGAGGCUUCAAACCCAAAAGAUGUCCUAAACGAAAAUGAUCAAGUCGAAACCAAAAUUACUGACGAUGGUUUUAACGGUGACACUUCUGAUAAUUUAAUUCAAGUGGAAGAUUGGAGUCAAUCGAGAAGAAUUUUCACCAUCGAUCCAACUCAUGCAAAAGAUUUAGAUGAUGCUAUUGCAAUCAAGCCUAUUUAUGAGUCAAACUCAGAAAUUACAGAUUGGAAUAGGAAACCCUAUGAAAAAGCUCAACAGUUUUUAAUUACUGUUGCCAUUGCUGAUGUUUCUCUAUAUGUUCCUUUAAAUUCUCCAAUGGACAAGAAAGCAAAAAGCCAAGGAACAAGUAUCUAUUUGAUGAACAGUGUGGAACACAUGCUUGAUCCAUACUUAUCUCAGAAUCUUUGUUCAUUACAUGAAGGUGUGAAUCGAUACGCUCUAGCUGUGGAAUUCAUUAUUGAUCGUGAGACAUGUGAAAUCAUGAAAGAAUCGGUAAAAUUUAAUAGAUGCAUCAUGAAGUCAUGUUGCAGGCUCGAUUAUAACAAAACUCAAAAGAUGAUUCUCCAUUAUCACAAGAACAAGUUCAAAGGAUUUGUUGAAAAUCAAAUGGAUCCGAUAAUCAAGUUUGGUCUUGAAACAGAUGAAGUUCCGUGCGUUUAUGGUAAUUUUACUCUGGAUGAAAUUUAUGAAGAUGUUCAAAUAUUCAAUGAGUUGAGUCAAAAAUUAAGACGCCAACGAGCGGAGAAUGGAAAUGUUUUUCUUUCCGAUAUGAAACUGAACUUUGAAAGUGACAAGUUUGGUUUUCCUGUUAUGGUCUCAAAAGAUGAACACAAUGAAUCUCAUAUUCUGAUCGAAGAAAUGAUGAUUUUAGCCAAUAAGCUUGUUGCUAAAGCAUUAUAUGACUAUUUUGGAGAAUCCACGUUGCUGAGAAUUCAUUCUGCUCCAAAAAUCGACAAAUGGUCAGAAGUCGUUGCAUGUCUGGCCGAAUAUAUUUACAAAUGGAAAAUUGAAAACCUUUCAAACGAAGGAGAAGAAAAACGUCGUGGUGAAAAAUUGAUUGUUCUUUCUAUGUUGGAGAAGUGCCUCAAGCAAAAUAUAGAAGGUAUUCAGGAAAAUGAAAGACCUAUUACUCUUCAACAAGUGAUGAACACGUUAAUAGCACAAACUGAGCAACAUACAUCACUAAAGCAGGUCGUGCAGUAUUUGUUGUUAAAGGAAAUGCAAUUAGCUAAAUACGCUACCGUGGAAGAUUGUAAGAAUAUCAAGCCUGCUACUGAAAACGAUAUGGAAUUACAACAAAAUCCAGAAAGGUUCCAACAAAAAUAUGAGAGCACUUGGCACUUUGCGUUGUGUAAUGAGUUUUAUACACACUUCACAAGCCCCAUUCGUCGUUAUGCUGAUUUAAUUGUGCACAGACAACUUAUUCAAAUGAUGAAAGAAAAGAAUAUGUUAGAGCUUGGACAAUCCAAAGAAGAUGUUUUAGCAUUUCGAGAAAGAACUUUCUUAUCUUCCCAACAAAUCUCCGUCAUUGCAGAACAUUUAAACGAUCAAGCGUAUAAGGCUCAUUAUCUUCAAGGGUUUGGAUAG